AUGAGCUGCAAAAAAGAAGCCCCCCUUCCCGAGUUUACCCCAAAUGACAUCCCGGAUUUGACCGGAUAUGUUGCCAUCGUCACUGGUGGCAACUCCGGCAUCGGAUUUGAAACGACGAAACAGCUUGCCAUGCGCAAUGCCCGUGUAUACAUCGCCAGCCGAUCCCAGCAGCGGGUAGACGAAGCCAUUUCGCAAAUGAACACAGCUGCCGGACGGGCUCUCGACCUUCACUUCCUCCAGAUGGACCUGCAGGACCUACAGUCUGUAAAGCUUGCUGCCACUCUGUUUGCACACCAGGAGUCGCACCUGGAUAUUUUGAUCAACAACGCUGGUGUCAUGACCGUCCCUUUCAAGUUGACCAAAGACGGCUACGAAACGCAAAUACAAGUCAACUUUCUCGCUCUAUUCGUUUUCACCACGACACUCCUCCCACUGCUGCUGUCCACCGCGUCUCAAUACAGCACUCCCAACAGAGUACGUGUUAUCAAUGUGUGCAGCGACCUCGCGUUCAUGGGCCCGAAAACGAUUCAGUUCGACGAUUUGAACAUGACCAACACCAAGGGAAUGAUGGAGCUCAUGCAGAGAUAUGGACACUCAAAACAGGCAGCAAUCCGACACGCUAAGGAACUCAAUGACCGCUAUAGCCACCAAGGUGUGACCGCCUACUCCUGCCACCCAGGCAUCGUCAAGUCGAACCUCCAAAGCCACGAUCCUACCAUCGUAGGCAAGACGGUGCGAACCGUCAUGAAAUACACAGCCAGAAUGACGCCGCUGGAAGGCGCCAUCAACUCGCUGUUCCUGGCCACGAAUCCCCUGGCCCCCGAGCGGGGACAGGGCAAGUUCUUCAUUCCGGUUACGAAGGUGGACCCAAAGGCAGACAACUGGCUCAAUGACCGGGAGACAAACGCUCGGUUGUGGGAGCACUGUUCGGACAUCUUGGCACGGAUCCCGUAG